AUAUUGGUUUUAUAAAUUUAAUGAUGGCUUUAAUAAAUACAUUAGAAAUAAAUAUGUAUAUGGUGUAUAAAAAUUGGUAUACAGUCUUCAUGGAAACAACGGGUGGUUGUUCCCAAACAAUUUGGCCUAAAUCUCCAUAACAACAAACAUCGAUUAGACAAGUCACAUUGAAGCGUCCUCGUGUCAAUGUACCUUACUCCAUGAAUCCAAAACAUGUCGCAAACUGAGGACGAUGCAGACGAGAUUCCAAAGGAUGCGUUCGACUCCACGGCGACUCCGGCAACGGAGACCGAUUUCUCGGGCCUCGAGAGCGACGUCGAUCCGCAACAGCAACAGGACUUCCUCGACGAUUUGGCCAAGGGACUGCGAUGGGUAAUCGGCGACUGGGGGGAGGAAGAGGAGGGCGCGCCGCCCCAUCGCUUGGAGGAGGAGUCAGAUGUGUAUGAUCCAGAUGAUUACACGUCUAAACCAUUCUUCUCCAAGAAGUGCACCAUUGAGCCAGACAUUUUGGAGUUCGACUUUUCGUAUGGCUACAACUGUAGAAAGUACUGCAACCUCGUCAUCGCUGACGUUGAAACAGCCGUUUGGGGUUCAGGUAAUUAUGUGCACUUCUACAACAUCGAAUCCAAAGAGAUUUGGUUCAAGAGGAGCGCUUUGGGUGGAGGAAUUGGAGCUCUCAAGAAAAAUCCGAAUCCUGAAUACCCCCAUUUGGCCAUAGCGGAGAGCGGUAACAGGCCUAUAAUAAUUUUAUACGAAUGGCCGGAAAUGAACAUAUUUGCUGUAUUGCGUGGAGGCACCGAGAGAAGUUACUCUAAUUUGGAUUACAGUGACAAUGGAAUGUUGCUGGUUUCUCAAGGAGGGGAGCCAGAUUAUAAUAUUACUGUAUGGAAUUGGCCAAAGCGCAGGAUUUUGCUCAGAUGCAAGUCAUAUGUGAACGACGUGUUUCGUGUGAAGUUUUCGCCCUAUGAUCAAGGAUUGCUCACUUCUUGCGGUGUGGCCCACAUUAAAUUCUGGAAGAUUGCUCGUACUUUCACCGGACUGAAACUGAAAGGCGAAGUGGGACGUUUCGGCAAAACCGAAUACUCAGACAUAAUGGGCAUCUGCCAGAUGCCGGACGGUAAAGUAAUAUCCGGAUGUUCGUGGGGCAACAUGUUAGUCUGGGACGAUGGGCUGAUCAAACUGGAAGUGAUGCGAACCCAAAGGAAAUCCUGCCACACCAAACCGGUCGUCCAGAUAAACUACAACGGCGAAGAAAUAUGGACGGUGGGCAUGGACGGUCACGUCAAAGUCUGGUGGUACGAGACCAUAGAUCAUGCCGACCCGCCGGACGACGAUAGGGUGGUAAUGGUGGAACCGAACUUGGACUUCCACGCGCCGGGAGUGAUGAUAAUGUGGCUGGAGAAACGCAAUCCCUCCGAUCCUCUCAACUUCGAGUACAUCGCCCAGGACGGCUUGGGAGGGUUGUGGAAGAUCGAUCUUAACACGGAAAUCGAACCUCUUCCUCCACUUCAGUUGUACAACUGUCACGGUGGCCCGAUCGCUGACAUCGCCGCUUGUCCCUACGAUCAAUUUUUUGUUAGUUUGGGGACGGAGGGGAAGUUCUUCCUUUACAACUAUGUGACGAGACAGAGAUUGUUCAUGUAUCAGUUUCCGGCGAACGGAAGAUGCAUGAUUUGGGUUCCUCUUGAGUUUCAUCAAUAUGGGGAUGAGUUGAUUAUGGGAUUUGAUGAUGGACAGUUAAGAGUUUGCAUAUUAACUCUAAACGGAUUUUAUUCUACCCUUCAAGUAGUACAAGUCAUAAAGCCUCACAACAAGCCAGUUAUACAAAUAUCCAUAAACAGGAAAGGUACAAUUUUAGUAAGCGCUGGAGAAGAUUUCACCAUUUUCAUUUUCCAAUUGCAAAAUAUCAACGAACUCCUAUUAUUAAUACCAAUUGGAUACAUGGUCACACCUGACAUAGUUACCCACAUUACAUGGUCAAUUGGAGUUGGUGAAUGGACACCAGAACAAGCUUACGAAGUGCUCUUAGGUUGUAAACAUGGUUAUAUGGUUGAGGCAACCUUGCCCCAAAAACCAGUAUCGUACACCAAAACCUCGUAUCUCCUAAGAAUUACACCGAAGGAAAAACAGUUUCAAUCAUGUAAGUCCCAAAUCAGAAGGGAUAUUAUAAUACGUGAGUUGGAAUUAAAAAAGUUCGCCAAACUGGAGCGAAAGAAAAAGGAGUUGGAAAGAAUCAAAAAGGAUAAUCCAGGAAUUAUAAUUGAUGAGGAAGUGUUUUUGGCUGAUUCUGAAAGUGAAGAGGAUCUGGGCCCGUUGUACUUCCCUCCAGUGCCCAACGAUAUUUUGUGGUUGAUGUACACCGAAUAUAACACCGUGUGGGUCUCAAUGUCUGGAUAUGACGCAGGUUAUAUCUAUGAAUUUUUUAUUGAAAUUCCAGAUCCGAAGCCAAUAAGAUUUAGAAUGAUUGAGGAUGCGGACGACAUAGAAAUAUAUUCUUUCGUUCACAGCUACAAGAGACAGUAUUUAGUGUUUGCAAUGCAAGAUGGAAGCAUACGUAUCAACAGGGUGAACCCGUUGGAUUACACGGACCUCACAGAUUAUUGGCAGUUUCCGGUGCACGAUAACCUGAACGGUUUUGUGCCGAAGAUGUGCUUCAGCUACGACGAGAAAUACUUCUUCACCUGUGGACACGACGGCAACAUUUUCUCCUUCCUGUUUCAACCUGCCGAUUAUGAAGAAAAGGACUACUACACCAUCCAAACGCCGAUUCCCAGGGACGACCCUGUGCCUGAAGUGCCCGAUCAGGCUGGGCACGAGUUGCUGAAUCUUCAGGAGGCCAUAGUGAAGGCGGAAGAGGAUCGAAUUAACCGAGUCGCCAAUAAUCACAAGACUAAAACCAGACAAACUAUUGCCACCAUGCAGAAAAAUUAUAUGAAUAUUUUGGAACGCAACGAGAAAUUGUUAUACAGCCAGAGAAUUUCUGAAGAAGAACUGGAAAUCGACCCCAGAAUCACAGAGUAUAUUAAUUCCCAGAUGGAGGCCAAAACAAACUUGGUUAAGAGGAAGCUGGCUUAUGAAGUGGAAAAAUCAACAAUAAGGCUUCAGAAGAUUAAGAAGUUUUUAAUUGAUCCUUUAGAUUUGUUCCCCAUCAGAGUGAAGGGAAUAUUAUCUAAUGACUCUGUCUGUUCAUUAAGGCAACAUAAAUUACCAUCAAAUCUCGCAGACAUUCAUCAGAAAAUUGAAACAAGACUGCUGGAGGAAUUCGAUAAAGCUAAUUCAAAAAAUACAGAGCCCGAAAAACCGCCGGAACGGACGGUGGUGGCUCAAAAAGGGACGGAAAUUAAGCGGGAAGUUAAAAUGGAACCUGAAUACUUUCUUUUGGGCAUGGACGAGAGCGAUAUUGCAAAACUAGGGCCUCGACUGAACCGAAUGCUCACUACUUACAGGAAGAGAAUUAUGAAGUGGAAGUAUAGGGCGAUAGAGUGGGAGGUUUUUAAUGCUAAAAAACCCCAGCCAGGAGUUAAUCAUCCGGAUGAUGAAGCAGCGUACGAAUAUGCUAAAGCUACAAUCGGCGACUACGUUUUGAAAACUGACGAAAACUAUCGUGUCCCACCUCACUUGAAACAAACUACCACCAACAAGUUUCGGGAGUUGUUAAAUUGUCAACAAGAGUUAUUUGAUGAAAUCCACGUGUUUUCCGAAAAAGUAUACAAGUUGCGAGAUUUUAAAUACAAAACGAUUGACAAAAUUAAGAAGGAAGAAGUUAUUUUAGAAUCAAUUCACGGGCAAAUUCCUGAAGACUUGCAACAAUUUAGCCCUCAAAUUGUUAAGUAUGAUGAAUCUGAAUUCCCUGAAAGGAAAUUUGACAUUGUGGUACAAUUUGAUGACAAUAUUUCUGAUGAUAUUGAACUGGAAGAGGAGGUUGUAGAUGUCUAUGUGGAUGCGGUAACUGGAAUAGACUUGUGGCUGCAGAUUUUGCCAAAACGAGCCGAUUAUCCACCAAGAUAUGAAGAUCACUUUGUUCUCGGUGAUAUUGUAAAAAGGCUGACGAGUGUGCCUGACAUGCCUUUCGAGCAUCUCGUUACACUGUCCGAAAUGGAAAAUGUUGACACCGUAUUCGAAAGGGAAAUAAGAGUCUGGCUUCUAAAUAAACUACUAGUCCGUCAAAAUAUAUCGGUUGAACACGUAAACGAUCUGAUUGCGUCCGUCGACAAAAGCGUGGCUGAAUUGAACAUCGAACUGCACUUCGUCCUCCGAAGAAUGAACACGAUGGAACUGCACAUACUCUUCCUCAACCAGGAGCUGACGAUUCUGAACAAAUACGAAGCGAACGAGUUCGUGUUGGAGAAGAAAUUGCGUGAAAACAACACAGCUGUGAUGGACCGACAAGACGUGAUCGACAACUUGACCAACCGCAUGGUGGAAAUCAAGGCAAGCAUCGACGAAGCGAAGGUGGAGAUGGAUCGCAUUUCUACCAACUUCACACAGGCAACACACACCCACAAGUUCUACGACUUCCUGAGGAAGGUGUUUAAGAAGAAGUACAAGCCUCCCAGGGUUCGCUCCGAUGAUGACAGCAGCUCCGAAUCGUCUUCGUCCAGUUCCGAGGAAUCUGAAGAAGACGAUACCGCCAGUAUCGACUCCAGGGAUUUCAACAUCAUCAAGCUGGACUUGAAUGUUUGUCCGAAAGGUUGCGAACAGUCCAUGUACGAUUACACGGUGGCUUUGAGAAGUGAACGAUAUGCGAUUGAGCAGAAGGUUAGAGAGGAUGAGAGGCAGAUGGAAUUGCUAAAGAAGGAAUUAGAUAUGCAAAGCAAAACUUUGAAACAGCUCGAGUCCGUUUUGGCUGAAAGCAAAAAACAGCUACAAGACUAUUUGUGUGAGAAACAACAAGUGCUUAAUCAAAUUAUUCGCACGGCCGCAUUGAGAAGAGAUCAAAUCCAGCUGUACAACGCGAACACAUCUGUCGAAAACAUUGAGGAUUGUUUAAUUAUGUCCAAAGACACCAUAAGUGCUUUGUAUAGAAGAGUAGGUGAACUCCAGAAGGAAACCUUGAUUGAGAAAAAUAAACACGAAGUGUACAUCAAGCAUUUACUUCGUAUGAAACGUGAUUUUGGUCACAUGGAACAAAGAAUAAAAUUGGUCAAGCAAGAUAUAGCUUAUCAAAUGUUUACAAAGUUUGGUAAAUUCGUAGACAUUAACGAAAUCGAGAGUAACGUGAUUAAAAGCCAUUUGAGAGCUAACAUUACUGACAUGGCGGAAAUUUGUAUGAAGAAGAUGGUCCAUGCUGUGCUUGUUCAGGACGUUGAUCUGAAAUCCAUUUAUAAUCCUAAAAUUGCCGCCUUAAUGUCUCUACUUAAAAGUCUCCAUUUAGAUUAUAUUAAACUACUUAGAUCGAAUACAGCUAGAUCGGAAGUGUUAAGGUUAUUGACGAUAACUAAGAACGAAUUAAAUCACGAUUUAGAUAGUCAGGACAAUCGUCAAAGCAAAAUUGCAUAUGUGUUAGUAAAAAAUAAAAAUGAUGACGAAGAGUUGGCAAAGAUACGACAAGUCAUCAGGCAACAAGAAGAAGAGAUUGAGGAUCUAAAAGCGGAAAUAAAGAUGCUAAAGACCAAAGGAUAUCCACCAUAUCCUAAAAGAGACAGACAAAUUGUUGAUAAGAUUGAAUCACCCAAACAAGCUCGUAAAGAGUUAAAGGAAGAAGCCGAAAGGAUACCUACUGAGAUUAUACUUCCUGAUACUUAUGUCAUGUCGGAUGCCGAAGAAUUAGUGGCCCACUUACUAGAAGAGCUUCUCGGUGAUACAGAAAUACUGGCUGAAAAAAUGUCUACUGAAAGGAUGGCUAAAAAUAUAGUUGAAAGAAUAAUGAAAUGUAUAAGUUGCGACGAAAUCGUCAAAAUAUUAGUAGACAGUUUGCCACUUCAUCUCACUGAAGAACAGUUGGAAAUGGUCGAGGAAAUUGCCGAAAAAAUUUCAUUUGUUUAUGAUAAACCGAGAAUUAAAUAUGCACUUGAGACCCAAGAAGAGAAGCAAGAGUUUGCACUGGAAAUAAUGGAUAACAUCAUCGAUGAAACGAUGCUGGUGAAGGGCAACGCGUCUGAAGUAAUGGCUAGGAUGAUUUCACGUAUGGUUGAAGAAGUGCCCUUCAUCCAUUUGGUAAACCAGAAGUGCAUAGAAAAAUUAGCUGACACACUUGGCAGCAAGCUCAGUGUGGAGGGCAUUAAGAAUGAAGUACUACCUUUGGCUGAAACCCUUGCCAAGGAUCACAAAGAAGAUAUUAGAACCGUAGUCAGCGCCAUUUUAGUCAAGGUAUCUGGAAGUGGUCAGGCGAUUGCGAGGGAGCAGGUAGAGAACUUAAUCGACGACAUGCUAUUAGAAAAAGGCGAUGUUGAAGAGGUGAUGGUUGGAAUUAUAGAAAAAAUAUGCAUGACUUUCCCAGUGGAGAAUUUAAUGCAUACAGAGUCGCUUACGAAUAUUGCUCUGUCAAUUCAGCAGAAAAUCGAGAGGAAACAGCAAGCUGCGUUGAAGACCGUUGACAAAACCGUGUGUAUUAGCACAACAGAAAGGAUGCUGCUUAACAAGGAUAUUCGUGCCAUAUUCAACGCAGUGUUGCAUAAUGUUUAUGGCGUUGGGCUGGAUUACUUGUACGUUCUUAAACAUAUGGAGAAAGAAGAGAGUAUUGACGAAGAAGAAGAGGAAAACCAAGAGGACACUGCGGAGGACGAGGGGAAGGAUAAAAGUGAAGAAGAAGACGGGGAAGAGUUGGAGAUGGAGGGAGGAUAGCUUUUAAUGUGUCUUAUUAUUAAGUUUUAUACAUUUAAAUUGUCUGUGUCAUCUAUAUCUAUACAUGUAGGAUGGUUUUUAUUAAAAAACUAUUCAUUUUA